AUGACAGCCUUUAUCACCAUACUAGACGAUAUAAUUGCUACCUACAGUACAACAGAGGAGGGCAAGCUGCUUGCCAAAGCGAUAGACAGGUGCAGUCAAGACGUGACUGAAGUACUUCCAGACUACAUGAAGGACUUCUACCAGUUUUUAUUGAAGACAUUUGAUUCUUGUGAGGACGAGCUAGGACCAGACAAAAAAUAUCGGGUUUUUUAUCUCAAAGAUCAAAGAAAUGGCAAGUAUUGA